GUCGAUUUCGAGGGGUAUAUAAGGUAAGGGCAGAGCUUCGGAAGUCAGCCUUUGGAGCUCCGACUAGACCUGUUCUCUAGCAGUGUGAGUCGGUCCCAAGAUGAAGUUCGCUUUGCUCACCUUCGUUGCUCUGGCCUCAGCGGCCUUGGCAGCUCCGGCAACUUCUACAGGCUCUUGUGCACUUCAGUGCACAAGUUCCCAGUCGUUCGCAUACCAGACAGGAAAGAGUUACGUGUAUGAUUACUCCAUCGACACGUCGACUGCUCUUGUUGGUGUUGCUGACGAUGAUGCCAAGCUCCGAAUCACGGCUCAAGCCCACAUCGAUGUCGCUGGUCCCUGCGAUUUCAUCCUCAGGGUGACCAAUGUGAACAUGGAAGGGUCAAGUCACGUGAGUGAACUUGCUGAAGCUUUGUCCAAAAAUGCUUUGAAAUUCUCCUUCCAAGAUGGCAAGAUUGAAAACAUCUGCAGUGACGUCACAGAGCCAACAUGGGUCCUUAACAUAAAGAGAGGUCUUCUGUCAACCUUCCAGAACACAAUGACUCAUAUUGAAGCUGAGAACGUGCAAGAAAAGGACGUCUCUGGUGUUUGCCAAACUCACUACAAGACUGUAACCGAGGGAGAUAUGGUCCGUGUCGAGAAGAUCACAGAUCUUGCAUCUUGCAGCCUCAGACCAGAAUUCCCUUCCAUUAUUAGCUCAAGUUACAGCACCGAUUCCCCCAUCCAGAACUUCCCACUUCUUAAGACAACAAACAAGUGCAUUCAGCAAAUACAAAGUGGAAUCCUAAAGAGUGUUGAGUGUGAGGAAAUCUACCAGUCUCGUCCAUUUACUUCUGAGAAAGGAUUAGCCACCACCAAGGUCAUGACUGCCAUGGUUUUCCUUUCUGAAGACGCCAUUGUAUCAUUGCCAGAGUUUGAAUUCUACCGAAAGAUUCUCGUAUAUGACGACACCGUAUCUGACGUCCCUAUGCUCCAGCUUCAAAAGGUGAACAAGAUCUUGAGUGACUUGGUUGCUCUUUCCGAAGAGGAAAUCCAUGCGGAAACCCCAGCUCUUUUCUCUGAGCUUGUAGAUGCCCUCAAGAAGCUCGACCAUUCUCAAAUGAGCCAGCUCUACACUACACCUGAAGGUCGUCCUCGAAAGUUCCUGGUUGAUGCCCUGCCCUUGGUCGGGACCCCAGAAGCCACAGUACUUGUCAGCAAGAUGAUCCUUGAGAAGGAAAUGAAUGAUAUUGAAGCAGAUAUAUGGUUCACUUCCCUUGCAUUUUACAAGAACCCCGCUAAGGAGAUGCUGAGUGCCAUUGCUCCUCUCCUGGAAGGAAAGCCAACUCAAAAGGCUUUGUUAGGAACCUCUGCACUCAUAAACAACUACUGCAAAAUCCAUAAGGAGUGCGAAAGUGAACCUGAGAUUAAGAAUGUAAUACGGCUAAUCGAAAAUCAGAUUGGAGCUGGUUGUCGAGCUGUCAAUGAAGAGGAAAAAACUAAGGUCUUGGUUGCUCUAAAAGCUCUUGGAAAUGCUGGACGCUGGAUUAAUGCCAAAACCACCUUGGAAGCAUGCUAUCGAGAGGAAAAUGCCAUGGAAGUUCGUGUUGCUGCUUUGGAUGCAUGGAGACACACUCCUUGUGAAUAUGAUCGAUCAGACAUUCUAAACCUAUUCCAAGAUGAAUCUUAUGACCCAGAACUUCGCAUUGCAGCUUAUCUUUCACUCAUGUCUUGCCCCACACCAUCCCUCAUCAGUAUUGUAAAGGAGAGACUGACCUCAGAAGGUGUAAACCAAGUAGGAUCCUUCAUUUGGACUCACAUGACAAAUAUGCAAGAAUCAGCAGUCCCAGAAAAGCAGUGGAUGCAUGAAAUGAUUGGUGAAGAACUUCUCCAAAAGAAAUUCAGCACAGAAGCACUGAAAUAUUCCCGCAAUUAUGAAUCAUCUUUCUUCACAAAUUCUCUAAAUGUUGGAGCCUCUGUAGAAAGCAAUGUCGUCUUUAACAGCAAGUCAUAUCUUCCUCGUUCAGGCAUGCUUAACCUUACACUGGAUCUUUUUGGGGAAUCUAUAAAUUUCCUAGAAGUAGGGGGUAGGAUUGAAGGAUUUGAAGCAUAUAUUGAAAAAUUCUUUGGUUCUAAAGGAUAUUUCCCUGAGGAACAUAUUGAGCAAAUUCUGAAGAAUAUGAGGGCCACAUCUGAUGCAGAAACAACCACACUGGAGGGCUUCUUAGACAAGAUCACUGACGAACCUGAAGGAUCUUACUAUCUUAGAGUUUUUGGACAUGAAUUACAUUACCACCACUUCCAUGGACUUGAAAAUCUGUUCAUGUCACCAGGUAGCAAAAGUCCACUAGACCUUCUGAUGGACCUUAUUCGUAAAGGCAAUGUUGACUACACCAAGUCUUUCCAGGUUCUUGACUCUCAUUUGCACAUUCCAACAAUUUCUGGAUUGCCACUGAUACUUGAUUCCAAGGUGACAGGCACAAUUAAACUUGAAAUGAAAGGAAAUCUAAUGGCUGAAAGUAUGACAAAUUUCAAGGUUGAGGGCCGUCUGCAUCCAUCAGCAGCUUUGAAAGUUGAUGGUCACAUGAUUAUUGAUGCUCAGGUGGCAAAAACUGGAGUAAAACUAUCAUCUACCCUUCAUACUUCCACAUUUGUUGAUGGAAAGGUUCAUAUUGCUGAUAGCAAAGUUGUUGACAUUGCCAUAAAUACACCAAAAGAGAAAAUAGAAUUCAUUGAUGUUAAAGGUGAAUAUAUGUACAUCAUAGAUAAUGAAGAAGUUAAAAAAGAAGCUGGAGAAAAGGCUGUAUAUGAAGGAUGCACAUCUGGAUUCCUUGGUAUGACACUUUGUGGUAAACUUCAACACACAUCAGCAACAGAAAUGUUCCCAAUAGGACCAUUUGAGGCCAAAAUGUAUUUGGAAAAGACUGACACCCAAACAGGUUAUAUCUUCCAGUUCAUGCAAGAUAAGGAAAAAGUAGAACUGAUCAUUGAUACUCCUGGGUCACAAAAGGAUAACAAAGUGAAAUUGUCUGUUACCAAGAGUGAAUCUGCAAUUGUAUUUGAUAUCAUCACACCAGUGAAAUCUGUCAAGGGAAGUUUGGAAUAUAUUUGGACAUACCUUAAUAAGAACAUUAAGGGUAUCAUGACAAUGGACAAUGGCGAUCAGUAUGCACUGGAAACUGGUCUUCUUACAACUGUUGAUGAUGCUACUACAUAUGAACCUUUCUUGGUUUUAACACUUCCAGUUGGAGAAAUCCUGAACAUCAAAGGAAUGUUGAAGGGUAAAUCAGAUUACUAUGACUCAAUUAUUUCUACUAAGAUUGACGUUGCUUACAAGUGGGGAAGCAAGCAAACAGUUCAUAUGGAACUUGAUGCCAGCAAGAAACUUACUGACUCUGUCAGUGUGUAUUCACUCCAUGGUGCCGUAGAUCCUACACAGUUUGCUAACCUGAAGUCUUCAUUAGAUGUGACUGUAUCUGAAAUAGAAAAUCAGCAAUACAAGGCUGAGGUAAAGGCUGUUCUUAAUGAGGAACCCUACAUCAUAGAAGGAAUGAUCCAAGACAAUUCAGCGGAAGGGACAUUUACCAUUAUUGCCGAUGCAACUAUGGUAUCACCAAAUAUUAAUGUCAAGGCUGGUCUUGGAAUCACUGGCGACUCUGAGAAAGGUCUUCUUGAUCUGAAGACAACAGUCAAUGGUCAAAAUUAUGACUUGAAAAUUGAAGUAACAAAAGCCUCCCUCCUCAUUGAUGCUAACAUUAUUCGACACAUUGUUCUAGCAGCCUAUGUUUCUUCAGGCAACGGAGUAGCAAAAGUACACAUCAGUGGUGAAUGGAACAAGGAAGUGGACCCAACAGCUGUGUUUGUGUUUGACGGACAGAUCUCAGAAGAUGAAGUCAAAGCCCACGUGAAGAUUGCUGACAAGGAAGGGAGCGUUUCUGGCAAACUGUUAGUCCGCGGACUUGAGUUGGAAGGCAGCUGGGAAGACAAGAAGGUAAAUGCAGUUAUCGGCUACACAUUAGGUGAGACAAAAUCCCUCUCCAUUUCAGUCGAAACACCAUUCACUGGAUUUGAGAAACAAGAUUUCACAGCUUCUGUGACUUUAAAAGACUAUGAAAUUACUGGCCGCUUAGUGUGUACAUGGAAGAACACUCAGCAAAUGGCUCUAAACGUUGCUGGAAAACUAACACCUGGCUUGUUGAAGAAUGCCCUGUAUACUGAAGUCCUGUUCAGUAGCAUCUUCGAAGGGUUUGAGCAGAUUAGCUUCAAACUUGACCAUCAGAUGGAAAACUUAUCUAUCAAAUCUAGCAUAACAGCUUCCUGGGAUAAAAUGUUAGUAAACUCUAUCUUUGAGGUCAUUCCCAAAAGUGAUGGGCUUGAGUCAUCUCUUUCGCUUGAAUCUCCAUUUACUAAAAAUCUUUUGAUUACUCUGAACCAUGUACUGAACGGAAAGGAUCUAACUACCAUAAUUGAGGGCAAAUAUGGUGAAACAGUUGCCACAGUUGCCCUUAAGGGUCACAUAGACCUUGAAGAUGUGCAAAGCGUCAUUCUCUCUCUUCAGAUUGCACUUCCUUCCAUCCCAGAUAUCAUGGCAACUGUUAACUACAAGUUUGAUUGGACUCAACUCCAGUUGGUCUUUGAAGGAGUAAUGGGAGAAAAGAAGGUCAUGCUGAAUGUAAAUGGAGAUCUUGUUACAAGUCCAACGACUAAAUUCACUGGAAAUCUUCGACUGAUUACACCAUUCACAUAUCCCAUCACUGUAACAGUUGCUCAUGGCAAUGAUGCUAACUCCUUUGAAUCUAAGCUGGAGAUGACGAGGUUCUGGUCAGAUUAUGGUACAAUGAAGGUACAUUCGGAAGGCCACAUGUUGCCAAAAGAUAUUCUAUUUUUGGCUGAAAUCACCACCCCUGCAACAAAGGCAUCAGUUUCACUGACCCAUAAAAUCUCUGAAAAUAAAUUAUUCUCAUCAUUAGACAUCAAUCUCAAUGGUGAGAGCCUAAGUGUCAAGGUGAAUGGUGUUCUUGACUUGUCUGAAAUGAUUGGAAACUUACAACUGAAGAUAAUUUCCACUCUAAGUGAACUAAACAACAUAAAAGUCACUCUGGAUAGCAUUAAAGAAGCUACAAAAAGGACCAGUAAAAUUACUUUAGUAAAGGAUGAACAAUCAGUAACAAUCAACCACAUCAUAACUGUUACUGACAGUUUGAACUGGGAAAAUAUUCUUGAUAUCAACGGACAGUACAAGGUCAAGAAUACUCAGUUACACAGUGCUUCUUUGUUUGCACAUGAGAUGGAAUGUGUUUGGGAUGAAAAGACUAUUCACUUAACACUCCAACUUGACAAUAAGAGCAGUGAAGAUUCCAAAAUCAUAGAUGGUCUCAUUUCUCUAGCAACACCUUGGACAGAUAUCAUGAAGGGUGAAAUUCACCAUGUAAACGAUGGCAUUGAGUAUAAGUCUGUGGUUACUGUGGAAUAUACUCCUGGAAAAAAGAUUGAUCUACAAAAUGUCGUAAAAAUUGGUGAGAUCCUUUACUCUAAAUCCACAUUAACAACACCAUUCACUGAAACUAUGGAAUAUCAAAUUACUGUGGAUCUUUCUUCAAAGAAAUCAGUAUCACUUGCUCUCUCUUGGGGCUCCAGACAAAUAGCUUUGGACAUUACUGCUGAGGUACUGACGGGAAAAGCAGAUAUGAGCCUAAAAAUUAAUUCAACUUAUCUCAAGUCCCCAAUUACUGCUGAUGUGUCUUAUGAUGUAGUUUCACCAACAAAGACAAUCAACCUUCUUACUACAUAUGUGAAGAAACUGGAAGUGAAAGGCUUGUUUUCUGGAGACCUCAAUAAGGGAGAUUAUUCUCUGGUAUUGGACCUUCCUGUGAAAGUUAUCAAUCACAUUGAGUUGGCUGGAAAUUGGACUUAUGAGCUUGGUAAAGCAAGCGCUGAUGUCAAAGCUAUCAUAAGUACAUUAGAAGAUACCAUGCUUCACAUUGAUUAUGAUAUUCAGACAGAGAAAGAAGCAACUAUUAAGGUAGCAUAUGGGUCUAAAAUUAUACAGCUUAUUGGAAAAGUUGAAGAGCAGGCUAUAACACUUGACUUGCUAACUCCUUUUACUGGGUGGGAACACCUGAAGAUAUCCAUUUUCCUAAGUGAAACAGCAAUUGAUAUUUCUGUUGCAAAGAAUGAUCUAGAAAUAACAGUAAAAGGUUCUUUGCAUAUCAAAUCCAAAAAAGGAAAAGCACAACUAACAGUAACUACACCUUUUGAAAAUUAUGAAGCCAUUUCUGCUGAAUGUAUUUACUCUUUGCGAGGACCUGUUAAGUCCAUUAAUAUUAAAUCUUCCAUCCCAGCUGGAGACUUGAAAUUAACUGGUGAAAUUGAUGCUUCAAAAAUUUUAGCUCCUGUCAUGAAACUGAUGUUUAUCUCUCCAUUUGAAGUCGUGAAAAGGAUUGGAGGAGAAGCAACCUGGGAUCUGACGACAAACAAAAAAUCUGCUCGUGUACAAGUAUAUCAAAAUGACCUCGAGUAUCAAUGGGAGCUAGAAGUAUCCACAGAAAGUGCCAUUGCAGGAUACAUCAAGUCUAAGAUCAUUACACCAAUCCCUGGAAUGACUACUGUUACUGUUGAAGGAACUCUUGAUUUCACAAAAUCUCCCUAUGAACUCAAGUUUUCACUGGAUAAAGAAGGAACUCUUACCAAAUUUGAAGGAUCUUUGAGUGUUAGUGACAAGGGUUUUAGCUGUCAACUACUGACACCUAUCACUGGAUGGGAAGCCAUUGCGAUUAUUGGAGAGUAUGAAAUGAUUGAAGACCAAUUGACUGGAACUAUUGAAAUCAACAAGGGUUCUGAUAAGUACUCUCUCAAAGCCGAGAUUCUUUACAACCUAAGAAACCCCAAAGUUCAUAUUACACUUGAAACACCAAUUGAUGUCAUUGCAUUCGUUGAGUUAUUAAUUGAUUCCAGUUUAACUGAGCCACAGAAAACUAUCCAUGCAGUCCUCAAAGUCAAUGAUGCAACUUUCACUGUAGAUAUUGAAGGCCAGCUAGUUUAUAAAAAUGCAUAUUUAAAAGUUCUGGCUACGACUCCAAUCUCUGGAAUUAGUCUGAUUGAAGCUCAAGCUAAGUAUGACUUCACAGAUCGCGUCAAAACAGCUGAAAUAGAUUUCAAGAUUGAAAAUGACUCUAAACGUAUCUUCAUGGAGACCCAAGUAUCAGGAAAUAGGCUUCAAAUUCAGGUAAAAGCCCCUCUUGUUUCCUUAGAAAUGGCCAAACUUGUCGUUGACUACAAUGUUCAACUCAAUCAGUACUUUGUAUCAACUUCACAUAUGAUAGCUGGAGAACAGUUCGAUUACAGUGUGAAAGUGGUGGUAACAGAAAAAAGCAUCGAAUUAGCAUUAACAACCCCAACUGAAGCCUUGAGAACCCUUGCUGUCAGCAUGAAUUAUGAACUUCUGGAUAACGGAAUUAAAGCUCUCUUGGUUGCACAGAAAAAUAAUGAAAAAUAUGAAAUGGAAAUUAAUGGAAGUUUCGUGCCCUUACAGUCAAGCCUCCUAGUUGAAAUGAAGACACCCGUAGCAGGAUGGAAAACAUUAACUCUUGACUGCAAGUAUGAUUUGAUAUCAGACAAGAAAGUUGCCCAGGUUCUUAUCCAAAAGGAGGACUUAAAAAAGCAAGUUACACUUGAGGUUGUAGUAACACCUAAAGCUGGAUCCAUAAAACUUGAAACUCCAAUUGAAGGCUUUGAGGUCUUAGGAACAUCAUAUACUUUGAAUAUUGAUGAAGUUAACAUGACAAUGGAUGCUAGCUUAAAAGUAGUAAAGAACUCUGAAGAAUGGACCUUCUCUGCACAGGGAAAAUAUUCCUCAAACACACUUACCAUAAGAUUCCAAACUCCAUUUGAGGAAUUUAAGGCAAUUGCUCUUGAUGGCCACAUAGAUUUUGAAAAGAAAGUCGCUGAUAUUGUCAGUGAACUGGGCUCAUACAAAUUUACAGCUCAAGUAUCAUAUGCUGUUGAUAACAUUCUUUUGGAACUGACUACACCAUUUGAUGUUCUGAAAAUCAUUUCUGUUGGAUUUGUUUAUGACAUAUCUGCAGCUCAAAAGGUGGCUAAGCUAAAUGUGAUUUAUAAUGAAAAGACCUACAGCGCUACUGGAACUCUAAUAUUAACACCAGAAAUUUCUGAAAUCUCUAUUCAGGCAGUUACACCUCUCACAGGUUUUAACAAUGUUCUUUUAACCCUAAAGUAUGAUACAACCAAAAAGAAUGAACUCAUCUUGGCUGAGCUAACAUAUGACGAAUCCUCAUACACUUUGAAGAUUGGGGCAGAAAUUGGCGAAACUGAAGGAACUAUCAGUUGCAAUUUAACAUCUCCUGUGCCAGGAUGGACUAUUGUUCAACUGCUUGCCAAUGCAAAAUUGGAACCUGAAGAAAAAUUAUUUGAAAUUUCACUGGGAAAGGAAGAGGACCUUAAAGCUUUUGAUAUUGCUGGGAAACUAAUUGGAAUUGUGGAGGGUGCCCUUAACAUUCAUACACCAAUACCUGGUAUGGAAGAUAUGGGAGGUUACUUUAAACUUGCUCCUUGGGAAAAGCUUGAAGGAACUCUAGAGAUAUAGUCCUUCCAUCAACUUUAAUACCUAAAAUUCAUGGAGACGUAAAUCUGCUGUUCAGGGAGAAAAUUCAAGGAGAAAUCAAGCUCCUAGUGGCUGAUGAAUUAUUCUCCGUGAAAUUGGACUUAGUUGGAACAUCCCUUGAAGGUGGAUACACUGGACAAAUAGAGGUAAAUACUCCAAUUCACCUUCUGUCUAAAGUUGUAUUAAAUGGAAAUCUCACUCUCAAGACUUGGACAGCCAUACAAACACACUUGAAAGUUGACUUGCCAUCUGGUAGUUAUGAGUUGGAUUUGAAAGGCGAUUUUGUCCUUAGAAAUUCUGCACUUCUCUUCAAUGUAGACACCACAUUUAUGGGAAUUCAACGCAAAAUUACCCUUGAGGCCAAAUAUGCUUCCCUUAAUGACUUGGAAAUGUUACUUGCUGUUGUCCUGGAUAAUCAAAGUCACCAAAUUUACGGGAAACUGAAUGUGGCUCCCAAUACUAUUUCAGGUAAUAUUGCCAUUGAAUCAACACUGAUAGAAGGAAAGAAAGAGAUUUCUUUUGUUAUUACAAUUCCCACAACUUCAAGCAAACAGCUGUCCUGUAUCAUUACAAUACUUACCGGAUCAAAACAUUCCUUGUCAGUAGAUAUUGAUUUUACAAAAGGGGUUGAGGCUACUUUGCUUAUUGAUUCUCCACUCCUCCCAAAAGUUGCUGCAGCACUCAAAAUCACAGCUUCAUCUGCCAGUGUUUCUCUUGAUACACCUCAAGGAAACCAUUUGUUAGAGUUUUCUUGGCAAGUCUUGCCUGCAGACUAUGCAAUUACUGCAAAGCUGGUGACUCCAUUCCUACCAGACAUAUAUGCAAUGAGCAUAGUUCUCAAAGGAGAUAAGACUGACUUGAAAUUUAGAUCAGAGCUAGCCAUAGGAAGCGUACAACAUGUUAUUGAAGGAUCUGUCUCAAUAAAAGACUCUAGUGCAGAUAUUUUACUCGAGAUUGAAACACCUUUCAUGGAUAUAGGUAAGGCCACAUUGUCAGUGUCUCUGAAAUUUGCAGCAGAAGUUGAAAUGAACAUAACAGCAGCUAUUAAAGAUCAGACCAACACCUUUGAACUGGUCUACAAUAAGAAUGGCAGAGCUUUCCUAGUUCAAGUUACGUCGCCCUUCAUCCCUACCGGAAUGGCCAAGUGUGAAGGAAAAAUGAUUGGGGAAACAUUAGAAGAUAUGAAAAUCAAAAUGUCUCUUCAGAACAGCGAGAAUACCAUCUCAGGUGUGAUGCAUAUCAAGGUUCAGAAUGAGCAGAAUAUGAGGACUGAGCUCAUCGUAACAACACCAUUCAAGGGAUUCCGCAAGAUGAAAUUCGGAGCCGAAUUCGUGGAAAAUGAAAACAAAACCAUUAUUUUCUUUGUUGACAAACCCAUCAAGUGUACAGCUCAGCUUCUCCUCAAGAAAACAGAAAAGGACUAUGUGGCAUUCCUUAACUUCGAAAACCUCAACUGACCUCAUCAAGAAGAUCAAUGCUGAAGUGAAGAUACCCUUUGUGGCCAUUGCACCCAAAGUGUCCGCCGAAGCAAUAGUGAAUGGUUUAUAUUAUGGAGGCGAUCUUUCCCUCAGAAUGACUCCUCCUUAUGAAAUUGGAGUUAAAUACACCUUGGAAGACAAAUAUGCAGGAAACUUCCACAUCAGGACAGACUCUUCAUUCUUUUCACUCUUGUCUUAGGCUCUGAGAUUUUUGUUUGACGAAAUGCUGCACGAAGAUUUUCACUUGUUUUCUUAUAUGUUAUAUGCAUUGUAACUAUAAAAAAAUCUGGACAAAAACUCUCAGCAAUAAAUCAUAAAACCUA